GAGACGCACGCUCAGCUGACAGAUGAGGGGCCUCACUGGCUUCACCAAGCGGCUGCUCUCUGAAGAAGUAUUCAAGUGGUUCAAGACAGAGGAGGAGGAGGAAGAGGAAGAAGAGGGGGCGUCAGCUGAAGAGAAAGAACACACUUUGGCGGAUAGUCAGCACUGAAUGAAAAGGCAGCAUGGCGAGCAAAGGGACAGCCGGACAGAGCGAGCUGCAGGGCUCCUCAGACUCAGAGUCAGAGCCGGAGGGGGAGCCUCCUCGGAUGACCGAUUGCGGACCGUCCGCCGGGUCUGUCCCCUGCUCACAGGUCAUCCACAGCGGACACUUCAUGGUGUCAUCGCCCCACAGCGACACCGCGUCCCGCAGGAGAAAGAGCGGCACUUCUCUGAGAUAUGAUUUCGACACGGUGAAUAGGACGUGGUGCCAGACGUACCGGUACGGCCCGUUCAGCUCCGGGAGCCUGAGCAUCGACCCCACUCUGACCCGCCUGUUUGAGUGCAUGUCCCUGGCCUACAGUGGUAAGAUAGUCUCUCCCAAGUGGAAGUCUUUUAAGGGUCUGCGGCUUCAGUGGAGGGAUAAGAUCCGUCUGAACAACGCCAUCUGGAGAGCGUGGUUCAUUCAGUAUGUGGAGAAGAGGAAGAACCCAGUGUGCGGGUUCGUCAGCCCGCUGGAGGGCUCUGAGGCAGACGCACACCGAAAGCCUGAAGCAAUCGUAUUAGAGGGCAGCUACUGGAAGCGAAGGAUCGAGGUGGUGAUCAAGGAGUAUCACAAGUGGAGGAUUUAUUAUAAGAAGAGGCUUCAGAAAAAGAAGGAUGAUAUUUUAUCAAUGCUACAAGAGGGUCAAAUCUGCCAGGCCAAGCUGGAGAAAUGGACCAACCAGAUGUAUCAGGAGCCUAAGGCCGCGCCGGUGGAAGCCCACAUGUUUGACCUGGACUGCCUUCUGUCCGACAUCUCCGACACCCUGUUCACCAUGACACAAAAGCCGUGUCCCUGGGCCAGUGACAGCCACAACACAUACACCAGUAAUGCUGAUAUGAUCCAGCCAGGCCUGACUCCACUACAGCCCAACCUGGAUGAUUUCAUGGAUAUACCAGAUAUCUUUAUGAACUACCGGGGCCAGCCCACAGAGCUGACUGGUUUUGCUGACUGUGGCUAUUUUGAGAACUCAUCCAGUGUAGCGUUUGCUCCAGUUACCUCCCCUGUGGUAACAACUCCUCAGCUACUAAUCAACACCCAGCUGACUCAGCCCAAUUUGUCAUCUGACAGUUUAUCUCAGCCCUCCUCAUCCAACACCCAGCCAGACCACAGCAGGCCAGGCCAGGAUUGUAGUGAAUACCACACACCCAGCAUGCCGUAUGGACACCAGUCGUACCCUGAUCCACCUGUUUCUAUAGGGUUCACCAGCAGCAUCGAGCAGCCAGUCUCUGCAAGCAUCCCCUUUUUGUACCCACUGCCGUGCCACAAGUUCGGUUACCACACAACCACCAGCGUAACCUCGUCUGUCAUCACUCACACCGCCUCCACCACAGCAGCCCAGGGCCCCGUGCAACAGGCUCAUGGCUACCCCCACUCAGGAGACGCAUACCCCCAGACUCCCUGCCAAUCUCUCAGUUACCCGGCUGUCAUGUCUGAGCCGGUCCACGCAGUGCUGCCCUCUGUCACCGCGGCCCACUGCUUCUCAGUCCCGGAGCAGGUGUCCACCACGGGGGUCAGAGGGAAGCACAAGCAAAAGACAGGAGGAGUGAGGACAGCUGGUCCCUCCGUGGCUCCGUCUGGCACCCAGUCCGCUGCACCCACAUCAACACCCACACCCACUAGCUGCCUGGCUAAACUGCUCUCCUCAGCCACCCGUGAGCGGAAGCCAGCGCUUGGAUUUGAUACUUCUCGAGGGACAGCCAAAGGUCAGAAGUCAUCAUCUCCCAGCUCAUUGCAGUCAAGCAGUAGCACGCAUGUUGGAGGACCUCCGUCCCAGCUGCAGCAUGGAGCCGUCUGGCCCCCGGGGAUCCCAGUGAUGACGCCUCUGCACAGCCAAGGUGCCACAUUGGGUCAUAGCGGUCCUCACGCGAGCAGCUCCAGAGGCUCUACGGUGUCUGCCUUGCUCACCCACGGCUCAGCGCACAGCAACACAACCCUCCUCAUACCCAAGACGGAGAAACUAUCACCUGUCCAGCUCUACAGCACAGACAGAAGCAGCUUAACCGUCAAUUUCCCUCGACAUCCAGGCCAAACAUCACCGCCAAACGCUUUAGACAAAGCCUCCAACCCAGAGUCCCCGCACUCAGGCUUCUCCGGACAUGGAAAGAUAGAAUCCAGUAAGCAAACAGAGAGCAGGAGGAUAACUCAUAUCUCAGCUGAGCAGAAGAGACGCUUCAACAUCAAACUGGGAUUUGACACUUUACAUAACCUUGUGACAACACUCAGCUCUCAGCCGAGCAUAAAGAUCAGCAAAGCCACCACACUGCAGAAGACCGGAGAGUACAUCAGCAAGAUGCAGCAGGAGAGAGCUCAGCUGCACGAGGAGGCUCAGAGACUCAGAGAGGAGAUCCAGCUCCUGAACUCUGCCAUCAACACGUGCCAGCAGCAGCUACCUGCCACCGGUGUUCCCAUCACACGACAGCGCUUUGACCACAUGAGGCAGAAGUUCAGAGAGUACGUCCAGGCACAGACUCUGCAAAACUGGAAGUUCUGGAUUUUCAGUAUCAUUAUCGAGCCACUCUUCGAGUCCUAUAACGGAAUGGUGUCCACUGCCAGCGUGGAGGACCUGUGUCGAUCCACUCUGUCCUGGUUGGAUCAACACUGCUCCCUGCCUUCUCUAAGACCCAUGGUCCUGAGUUCACUCCGUCUCCUGAGUACCACCACGGCCAUCCUGACAGACCCCAGUCUACUGCCAGAGCAGGCCACCCUCGCUGUCACCCAGGGCAACCCCGCUGCUGCCCUGGACCACUCCUUACAGCCCGCCACUCGGGACAAUAUACACCCCAUGUGACUGUGAUGAACAGACUCAGUGGAAAACCGCCUCAAGGCUCAGCCAGUGGAGAGCCUGUGGAAUGAUUAAAGAAAAAGAAAAAAAAAAAGACUCAACACUCAGCUCCAAGACUUUUAAUAACGCAUAAUCACAAUAAAACUCACCGGCUGCAAAAAGAAUGUACACCCCCCCCCAACCCCAACCCCCACCCCAAAAAAAAAUCAUAGGAUCUAUGCUUAAAUUCUGUAAUAUACACUUGUUAUUAUUUUUAAGCUUCAAAAUCAUAUUUUGGUUAAAAGCAGUGAUUGGAAGGAGGUGUCACUGCAACUGUGAUGAAUUGCUUAAUUUUCUGUUGAAAUAAUUCGGGUAACAUUAGUUGACAACUCCAUUUAUUCUCAUUUCCUUUGACAUCUCAGGUUAUGUUUUGUGUGUUUAAUAUAUUUUUGCCUUCAAUUACUGACACUUCCCCAAUGAAAUAUGUCCUAAUACAA